UCACGGUGGGAAUUUUGCUCAGCUCGUGCUAAAGGUAACUCCCUUCGGCAGCUCGGCCAAAACCCGGGUCUGCAUAUAAAUUCGGCCAUCCGUCCUCAACUAACUCUGAAGUCUGAACACAAACGGAGAGAGAGAGAGAAAUGGCGUUGAGAGCAGCUUUGAUUCGCCACCUUCGGGUUCCCGUCCAAACCCUAUCCCCCGCCGGCCGAGUCUCUCAGCCGUCGGUGGCCAACAGCCUCUUCGGUUCCACCCGGUUCAUGUCAUCGCACGACGACCAUCUCAGCAAGGAAGAUGUCGCCGACAGAGUCCUCUCCGUCGUCAAGUGCUUCCCUAAAGUCGACCCAUCCAAGGUGACUCCGGAUGUACAUUUCCAGAGUGAUCUAGGGUUAGACAGCUUGGACAAUGUCGAGAUUUUGAUGGCUUUGGAAGAGGAAUUCAAGCUGGAGAUUCCAGACAAGGAAGCCGACAAGAUCGAUUCCUGCAAACUUGCUAUUGAGUACAUUCAUAACCACCCAAUGGCUAGUUGAAAUUACAUGAGGCUCUGUUCAUGAGUUUUUUUUUUUGGGUUUUGUUGCGGUUCUUUUCCAGUGGACAUGUAUCAGCUGUAUUCAUGUUGAGACUUUGCUGUUGCUUUGUUCCAUUUUGAAUUAGUUCUCCAAAAAAAAUUGGUUGAGAGAAU